AUGGAUCUUCUGUGGAUCGCUCUCGCCCUGCUCAUCCCCUUUGCGCUGCAUCUUUUCCGAGCCGCCGCGCCCAAGAUGCCAGUCGGCCCCGUCAUCGCGCUGUCCCACGGCGGAGGUCCUAUGCCUCUGCUCAACGACCCCGGCCACAAGUCCAUCAUCGCCUCCCUCCGGAACCGCGUCCCCGAGAUCCUGCGCCUCUCCUCGCCCGCCCACCGCCCACGCGCCAUCAUCCUCGUCACCGCGCACUGGACCACCCCCGACCCCGUCAUCUCCGCCGGCGCCUCCCCCCAACUCCUCUACGACUACUACGGCUUCCCGCCGGAGUCCUACUCCAUCACCUACCCCGCCCCCGGCGCCCCCGACCUCGCCGCCCGCGUCGCCGCCGCCAUGUCCGCCCAGGGCCUCUCCCCCACCCUCGACACCCGCCGCGGCUGGGACCACGGCGUCUUCGUGCCGCUCGCGCUCGCCCUGCCCGCCGCGGACAUCCCCAUCGUGCAGGUCUCCGUGCUCGCCGACGAGGACCCCGCGCGGCACCUGGCCAUGGGCCGCGCGCUCGCCGCGCUGCGCGAGGACAACGUGGCCGUUGUCGGGUCCGGCUUCGCCUCGUUCCACAACCUCGGCAUCAUGCGGGGGCUGCGCGGGUUUUCCGGCGGCUCGGUAGACCCGGCGUGGUUGGCGUUUCGGCAAAAGACGGAGGAGUGGAACGAGGCGCUGACGGGGGCGGUCGGGGAGGCGAACGCGACGGAGGGGGUGGCGAGGUGGAGGGAGCUGCCGCACGCGGACAUGAUGCACCCGCCGGGGGGCGGGGAGCACUUCAUGCCGCUGCUGGUGUGCGCGGGCGCGGCGAGGGGUGAGGACGGCCCGUCAAAGGCGUACAAGGACGAGUACAUGGGCGUCGACAUCUUCACCUACUACUGGGGCGCGCCGGCCGUGACGACGUAG